AUGGAUCUGUCCACAACCUCUGUUAUGGCGGCUAAGGCCUACUCGUACAAAGCAGAGUCACUGGUUAAGGAAUACCUUCUUGCAGAUGCAUAUGUUUCGUACACUGCUAUGCUUGGUGGGAUCCUGAUGUGCAAGAUGGUCUAUGACAUCACACACUUAGUCAGCUCAUUCUUCUACAAGUGUUAUGCUUCUCUUACAAAAGCCCAAAAGCUUGAGUGGAACAACAGGGGCAUCUCCACUGUCCAUGCAAUUUUCAUCACAUUCAUGUCAGUGUACCUAGUAUUCUUCUCCGACCUAUACUCUGAUAAGCUGGAUGGACCAGUAACUUUCCGGAGUUCAAACCUCUCUAAUAUUACACUAGCGGUAAAGUACUACUAUUUUGUUCCCAUUCAAGAAAUGCCUAUGUUGGCAUGCAUUUUCUAUUUGCCUCAUAUCGGCCUAAUUUCAUUUGUCCAGGUAUCUGUUGGGUACUUCAUCACUGACAUUGCUAUGAUAUUUUGGGUUUAUCCUUCCCUAGGUGGAAUGGAGUAUGUUCUUCAUCACUUCCUGUCACUUGUUUCCAUAGUCUAUUCUGUGAAUUCUGGGGAAGGCCAGUUGUAUACAUACAUGGUUCUCAUCUCUGAAGGAACCACACCUGGAAUUAACCUCCGCUGGUAUCUUGAUACUGCUGGACUGAAAAGAUCCAAGGCCUAUGUUGUGAACGGUAGCUUUAUGGUUGUUGCAUGGCUGGUGGCACGGAUAAUUCUAUUCAUCUACUUGUUCUACCACAUCUACUUCCACUAUGAUGACGUGAUGCAGAUGCGGACCUUCAGCCGCGUUCUGAUAUUUGGCGUGCCCACAAUACUACUCAUCAUGAACACGAUAUGGUUUGCAAAGAUCUUGAGAGGCCUUAAAAAGACGCUAACUAAGAGGGAGUGA